AUGGCUACAACUUUUGAUGAUAUGCUACAGGCGAGUGACAUAGUGUUAGGUAUCUCCUCCCACUUGUCCACAACUGACUAUUUGAACUUUCGGCAAAUAAACAAGGAAGUUUACUACAACCACCUUAAGAAAACAGUUGACGACCAAAUUUGGGCCAAUAAGCUGCGAAGGCUAGGUUUAAAGUAUAUGGAGUCUACCUCCGAAAAACUUAUCCUCACAGAAAUUAAUGCAGCUAAUGUUCUCCAGGAACUUACUUCUUACACGGUAGAAAAUGCCAAGACGGUGUACGCUCAACUAUACAGGCUACUCCAGCCAUUCGUUCAGAAACUAUACAAAAAAGAGCUCUCGGGCUUUUUCCCAAAUGAAUACUCUGAUGCUCUAUCGCAUGCUAGGAUUCUAAUGAAUUUGGCAACAUAUAUUCCUAUUGAGAUAGCAGAUUAUUCGCGCUACAAGAAAAUACGGGAAAAUCUAGAUAUUUUCCGAGAACUUUUCAUUAAUACGGUCGUGAAAGAAAUGGAUUUGGGUUAUGAAAAUCGAAACUACGACUGUGUCACCGAGUUUGUCGCAGUAUUAUCAGAAUGUGGUCAAAUAAAUACUGCAGCAGACUUUUUCAAAUCGAAAAAUGACUUCUCUGUUGAAGUUCAGCUGCCGGAAAGUAUCCUCAACGCAGACAGUAGUGAUGUCGAUAGUGACUGCCUUCAAGCGGCUCUGGAUACGACAAAAGCGUUUCUUAAUUCCAAAAUUGUCUUGGCAGAUAAAAUUUUUGGUGAAAGUUUCCCUGUGACUUUGAAUUAUAUCGAGAACAUUAUUGCCAACAACUUAACUGAUUUUUUUGACUCCCAGCUCACCUCUUCGCACGGACUGCUCUCCGCCAGCAUCAAAUUUAUGCCUUUAUUAUACAUUAACAUCAAGAACAGCCUGAUUGAUGGCUUGAUAGAUAGCCAAAAUGCAGGCCCACGUUUCAAAAAUAUUCUAACAGAGUUUUUCAAUCUCUAUUUGGAGCCAAAGAUUCUUAGUUACCUUGAAGUAAACGUCCAGUUAUUUGCAGCCAAAGUUCAAGAGGAAUUUGUAAGCUUCCAGAAUGAAACGGCUUUGAAAGAACAGCAGCAAAAUGAACAAAUUUAUAACUCAUUAAGAAGCAAGGUCUCCGACCAGCAGCUGCUAGAUGAGAAAAACAAUUUUCUUUCAUCCUUUACUAAGAUUUUCAAAAUAUCAAACAAUAGUGUUAGCCAAGAGGAAGAACAGCUACAGAUGUCGUAUAAUCUUAACGUCAUGAAUAACAAUCUUCAUAACAUUGAGAUGCUAGUAAGUUUAGAUCUGUGCUACAAAGUUGUACAGCUUUGUAAGACGCACAUUGAGGACAUGCGGACAUUUUUGGACAUUCAAAAUUUGAAAGACGAGGUCAAACUUAGAUGCCAAGAAACUUUCAAACUUUUAAUCUCUGGUCUAUCUCGGGAUCACUUUAAGCCCGGGUUUGAUAAGGCUAUUGCUGUUCUUGAACAAUACGAUCCAAAUCAGAUGAAAAACUUACACAUCGAACUUGAAAAUCUGAAUUCUCAUGUCGAACCUCUCAUAAAGUUCACAGAGAUCAUUAACACGGGGGACAUCGUGUUACAGAUGAUUUCCAUAUUUUACAAAAACGAGCUGGUUCAAAUCGACAUUGUUGACAAGAACCAAGAUUUUCUCAACGACAUUGUUCAAGUAAAAAAAAAUUUUGAAACAAUGAUUGAUGACUAUGUUGCAAAUGGUUUGAAUAUUGGGAUCAAUAAGCUGAUGGACGAGGUCUUGUUCGUGUUUGGAAGCCUUCAACUUCCAACUGAUUAUAAUCCCGAUCCCAGCUUGCUCGGGAGCAGAGAAAUCAAACCUUCUAAGGCGGCGUAUAAAAAUGUGGAGCUCCUGUUAAACCACUGCUUUCUUCUAACUGGAGCUACUGAUAAAGGAACAAUUGACAUAUUCCAACAAGAAAUUGGCGAACGCUUUUUCAAUGAAAUUGUAAAAAAUAUCAAAAAAAACUUGAUUUCCGGUGAUGGUGCCAUCUUCUUAAUCUGUGAUUUAAAUUACUACUACGAUUUCAUCGCUAACAGACUGAAACAAAAAAAUAUUGUCCCUCUAUUUGCUGGGCUGAAAACGGUCGGGCAGCUUUAUUUGGUGUCCGGUUCAGAUUCUAAAGAACUUGGUAAGAUGAUUUGCGACCUUGGCAGGUUCCAAGGUGUUUUCACGCAAGAAGAAAUUUAUGAAAUGGUUCAGCGCAGGAGCGAUUGGGUCAAAGUUCGCCGUGACGUUGAGAAGGUGAUGUAUGGAUUAGGAGUUAGUGACUGUACAAUAAUAUAG